UGCUCUUUCUGGUUUUCAGGAAAUCGCCGCCAUCCUUAUCAGCUUUGAUCGGCACGCGGAGUGGCAGAGCAAAGAGGUCAAGAUCAGGCCGAAAAGUGGUUCCAUGUUGUUGUACAGCAGGAAAAAGGUGCGCUACCGUCGAGACGGAUACUGCUGGAAAAAGCGCAAAGAUGGAAAAACGACCAGAGAAGACCACAUGAAACUCAAAGUGCAGGGAACAGAGUGCAUCUAUGGUUGUUACGUGCACUCGGCAAUUCUGCCAACGUUUCACCGCAGAUGUUACUGGCUUCUUCAGAAUCCGGACAUUGUCCUUGUCCACUACCUGAACGUCCCGUAUCCGGACGACAACAAACUGGCUGUGAUAACACCGAACUUGGCUCUAUGGGCGGAUAAGAAAGAGUGGACUAAGGACGAGUUGGUGUCGCAAUUGAAACCGAUGUUUUUUAGUGAAGAUGAACCCGACCUGAACAACGAACUGGAAAUAUCGAAUUUUAAAUUGCAGACCGCCGAGACGGUGGAAGCGAUCGUAAGCCAGCUAAUGGAAAAACAACGAGUGGCUAGACAAGCAGCUUUAGUGAAACAGUUGGAAUGCGGCUGUCCAGACUCCACUUGUGCCGAUGGAAAAAGCUGUUCGCAUCCAAUGCGCAGGAUAACAUCGGCCAAGUCCGGCUCUCCUCUCCCCAGCUCCAGUACAAAUUCCAGAAAUUCCAGUUCAGAAAGCAACAAUCAGGUGUCUUCUACGACCGGCUCUGGAUCGCUUCACGUCAACAACCACCACAGCACCCCAAGAGUGUAUUCCAGAGACCGAAGCUCCCAGUUAUCCGCGCAAAAUGCCAGUAAUUGCUCAUCCAGUUCCAGCAAUACUCCUCCUCUGGUUUUGAGUUUGUCGCAAAUUCAAGGUAGUGGAGGCCUCCUGAUCCUCAACAGCAAUACCAAUAGUACAAAUCAUCAAAACCUGGUCAAUCCGGUGUCGGUGGCCAACUUCAUGACAUGCAACACCAACCGAGGGAUAAUCAAAGAACAGCGAACAAGCCAUCUAGUGCUCAAGCAGGAAGUAAUGGAUACGACCAGCACGUCUUCGUGUCUGCACGCGGGCAACAGCAAGCAAGAGGCGAAAAACAAACCGCCAACGGAGAGCAAAAUGGAGAUAAGCGAAAACGUCCGACAAUCAUUUUUCGAUGGCAAUAUUUACGGGAACGCCACUGUUCAGCAACAUCCGCAAUCCAGGAACAACAUACGGUCCAUUUUCAGAUCUCAGUCCCAAAGUGAAGUGGUGAUGUCCAGUGCGCCUUCCACUCCUUCCAAAAUGAUGGACACUGGCCCGGACGAUUCCAACAAUACAGACUUCAAGCAACAUCAGAAUUAUUGCGAAAACACCGUGGUUUUGCUUGGUACUGACUCCAACGGAACGCUGGUAAGCAAGAGCGACGGUUCCUCAAUAAUAAACCGGGGAUUUUUCAACGAAACUCUGGAUCUGUCGCAAGAGGACAUUCAGAGAACGCUUUCAGCCAACAUGCCCAUGUGUUCCAACGAGCUGGAGAACCACCACCCCACUCAUCCCUCGGAACCGAACACUGCCACCCAGCAGAUCAAGAAGCAAACUGAACCUGCUAAUCUACCAGCAGACAUAAAUCCAAUGGACUUUAUCAACAACUGUGACGUGGUGGUGUCGCCUACUCAUGUGGUGGACGACGAUGUUUUCGUCAAUCUGGACGCAUUUGAUAUGCUGGGCGAAUUUCCGGACCUGGAAGGCUUAGAAACCAGCCACGCUUCCCUUUUAGAUGUGAAUCCGUCCGAAGCGCACAGAACCGGAGCCGGAAAGGGCCCAGCCAAUCAGAGCGCCCACCAACAAAGCCACCACCAAUCCCAGCCCAAUGUCGUACACCAUCCGGAUGGAGCAGCGAACGCUAUCACGGACUAUUCGCCAGAGUGGGCGUAUCCAGAAGGAGGAGUUAAGGUGCUGGUGACCGGACCUUGGCACUCCUCCGGCCCCUACACGGUCCUUUUUGAUACAUUCCCAGUGCCCACCACGUUAGUACAAAGCGGAGUCUUAAGGUGCUACUGUCCAGCUCAUGAGGCUGGCCUGGCCACGCUCCAAGUUGCCUGCGACGGCUACGUGAUCUCCAACUCUGUGAUGUUUGAGUACAAGCUUCCGCCGAAAGAUGGGCAGAUGAUCGCCCCCGAACCGAAAGUGGAGCGAUCCAACGAUAAUUUGCUGAAAUUCACUUUGCUCCAAAGGCUGGAGGCGAUGGACGAUCGGCUUCAAAUCAAACAAGAACCGUCCGACAACGACGUGGUUGAAGACACCGCACUGUUCACACAACCGAACUUCGAGGACCGCCUGGUCAAUUUCUGCCAGAAUAUGACGUCGCGCAUAUGGAAAUUUGGCGAAGAACUAAGCGUGGCCUGGUUUGCCAGUCACAGAGGAAUGACUUUGCUGCAUCUGGCAGCCUCUUUGGGCUAUUCCCGGCUGGUGUGCGCGAUGCUGCACUGGAGGGCGGAAAAUUCCUCGCUGCUUCUGGAAACCGAAGUGGAUGCUCUCAGUCAGGACGAGUUCGGAUACACGCCAUUGAUGUGGGCCUGCGAGCGAGGCCACACCGAAACAGCCGUGAUGCUCUACAAGUGGAACCACACCGCUUUGAACGUGAAGAACAAGCAGAACCAAACCGCGCUGGAAUGCGCCCGCAACAACAACCAAACGGAGCUGGUGGAUGAACUGGAAAAGCUGGAACUGCGAAGGGAUAAGGCGAACAUGAUGCUGCAUUCGGGCCAGUCUUCCGUUGACAACGUUUCGCCUACAGUGAUGAGCCCAGCUAGUAGUGUGGGGUCUUUGGCUUCAAUUUCGUCAAACGGCAAAAGCCACGAUGGAGUUUUCUUGCGACCCGGCGCCAUCAUUAGAAAUGACUACAGCAAAAAAUUCCUGAGCAUCGAUUUGGACCAAGAGAACAACAACAAGUAUCUAACGUCUUCGCACAGUCCGUUGCUCUCGGACCUUUCGUCCAGCACAAGAGGAAGCAGCGGCCAGAAACUGAUCAAGAGACCUUCCAUCGAUAGUGGCAUUCACAUGAACUGCGGCUCCAAUCUGGAAAGUUCCUCUAGGCCCAAAAGCUCCAAAGUGGGUUCCAGGGAUUGCAUCCGACUGUCCAAAAUCGAUAGGAGUAUGUCUCUGCCACUUCAGUCUUCCCUCUCCACAAGAGACAAUUCCUUUGAGUCGGAUAUUUUGGAGGCUGUGGGCCGAAGAACGGACUUUGCGCUGUGCGAAAUAGGAACAGGAGCAGGCAGCAAUAGUCCUUUAAUUGAUGUGGAAGCUGUUAGCGAUGAAGACGACCAUGAUAUCUGCUCAGGCAAUGCAGUAGGGGAACAAGACGCCAGAGUGCUCACAUUAGCUGAGCAAAUUAUUGCCGCCAUUCCGGAUCGGAUCAAGAACGAAUCUGAGGACAUGCUGAUGGAAAAUAGUCCGGGGCCGCCCGAUACUCAGCAACCAUCCGAAUCCCUCUACGACGUCUACAUGGAACCACUGUUGGAACCUUCUUCGUCCAGCUUCGAGUCUUCGGAGUUUAACUUUGAAUUUUCCGAUCACAACUACAGAUACUAUGAUGUGGCCACGCCUCAAUCCAGCUUAAGUCCAGCGUCAUCAAGUUGUCUUCAGUCGCCCUGUUCCUUCACUCUGGAUUCGCCGUCGCCGCCACCGACUACUGCAGAUUUUUGCGAAUUCUUCCAAGCUUCCGGCACCGUUUUCGAAAAGGACUUUUCCAACUUAACGCUAUCAGACCGAGAGCAGCGCGAACUCUACGAAGCAGCGAAGAUUAUCCAGAAAGCGUAUCGUUCCUACAAAGGACGACAACAGCAGGAACAGGACAAGGAACGGCAGGCUGCGAUCAUAAUCCAGAACUACUAUCGAAGAUACAAACAGUACGCGUAUUACAAGCAAAUGACGCACGCUGCCACCGUGAUCCAGAACGGAUUCAGGUCAUAUUGUGAACAUAAACGUUUCAAGAAGAGCCAGGAGGCCGCAGUUUGUAUCCAAAACUAUUACAGAAACUACAAGGAAGCAGGGGGUAGAGGGAGUCGAGAAGGAACCCCGGCCAGUUCAGGGCUCAAACGGACCUACUCGCAGCGGCGGCAACAUCAAGCGGCCAGAAAAAUCCAGCAAUUUAUGCGACAAUCAAAAAAUAAUAUCUGGGAUGAACCGGUGGAAUCGACUACUGUGAUUGCAGAAAGAACGAGCCGAAAAAGAGAAGCAGGGGGGCCAGUGAGCGGAUGUCCCCCCAAGGUUACAGUCUCAAGGGGGCUCUUCCAGAUGCACCGUCACAAAUAACAACAGGUUAAAUAGUACAGCGCAUCAAAACGAGGCAAAACCGUUCGGAAAUGAACAGUGCAAAUGCUGUGGCAACCCCCCAUUUCAUUGAAGAACCCUCUAUGAAAACCGCUAGUACUAAUAAAAAUAAAAUAAGUAUUAGUUUUAAAAGAGAUAAAUCUUUUUGUAACCAUAAUAAAUAUAACUUUAGAAGUAUACCGACUCUCAAGCGAGAGGUAAAAUAUAUUAUCCAACAUAUUUUGUUAUUAAUGUGAGCAAGGAGCCGCAGAAUGAACUUGAUUUGUAUAAAAGAAAGGUUUUGUUUAAGUUUGUACUGUUGAUGCAAAGUGUUUUGGCUCUUGGUCACUAUUGUUUUGUUAAUAAUGUGAAGUUUGGCUGUAGCUUCAUCUUUUAAAUUCUGCAUUUAAUUACAAAAUGCACGAAUCGACAAAAAAGUGAGAUUGUCUUAGAAAAAGUACGAACUUUUAAAUAGCAACUAUAUUUCUGAUCGAUUAAACUAUAUUUAAUGAGCUGUGAUUGUAGUAAUGAGCACACUUUUCCAUGCGCCAGAAUACCCAAAGAUCCACUUAAACCAAACGCAAGUCCUUAACUGUAUAGCUGGAAAAGUGUUUUGUUGUUAUAGUCAAAUUGUCUAGUCGUAGUUAAUUUCUUUGUAACCACACGUAAGUUAUUUUCAGUUUUGUUAACUCUUUUUCACUGCCACGGUUACUUAAGCAACGUUACGUUACACUAUUCGUUCUCUGUUAUGUGUUAUAGCAAUAGAAGUAAAUAAGAACGAUUUGUUACGCGCAAUGUUUAGCAUGGAAUUCGCCAAUGUCCAUGUUAGACAAUCGUUCUGAGUAGCGUAGCAAUUUUACUAAUAAAACUUCGCUCAUACAUAUCAUUCUAGUGUAAUAUUUAGACUAAUAUUUUCCGAUAAACCCUCGGAUCGUUACUGAUGGUUUCAGAGUUGAAAAAUUACGAAAAUCUUCAUUUUGUUCGAAAAAACAGUUACGAAAUCCUGAUUAUAUUAAUCAGCCUUUGAGUUUUGGAGGAGGAUAUUUUUGCAUUUUAGCAAACAAAGUGAUGGAUCAUUAAGAAAGCAUAUAAUUGUUUUAAACUGCAGAAAUGUAACAAAAAAACUGACAUUUUUUUUCCUCCAUAGAUAGCAAAACAGCAAUUCUUCCGGAGAAUAAACUGUUUUUUUAGCUUCUCUUACAUUUUGUUAUAAUUAUUUUGAACACUCCUAUGGGAACAGUCCACUUUUGACAAAAAAUGCGUUAAUUAAAACAAUGCAUGCAUUUGCCAUUUGCCUUUCCAAACACAAAUUCGGUUUUUUAAUUUUCGCAAACCACAAAUUAUCAACCAAAUAAAAAUAUCCUUUUCCUUAACGUAUAUUUUGUCAAUUAGGAACUAGACGAGGACGAAGCAAACAUUUUGUGCACCCUUCCAAGCAUCUUGGAAUGAUUUACGUGAUUUUAAGAAAAAAGACAAAAUUCGUUUGUUUAGGUAUUGAUUUUCAGUGUUCCGCACAAAAUGUUUAAUAAAUUCUGCAUAUAAAAAGUACCUGCUGGCAGGAUGUGUUGUUUCCUACAAAAAGGCACUGAACAAGCCCUCCUUUGUAUAAAGCUGUUGUUUUGUUUGAGAGAUUUUAUUCUUAAAACUUAUUAACGAAAAUCACACGUUCUAUAUAGCUAUACAGAUAUUUCUUUAUGUACAUUUUUAAUGUUAAUAUACAUUUAUACAUAACAGUAUCGCUCUAAUAUUAUUAAUAGUGUAUUCUGGAAAAGUAGCGCGUACUUCUUCUCUUUGGCAGAAAGUACAAACCGUAGACUAAUUCGUUUUAGUUUUAGAUAGAGAAUUUUUGACCGAGUGGAGACUUUAACGUGAAUACAUUUGUUGGAGGGAAGACAAAUAUUUUUUUAUUCCCGAUACAUUUCAACGUUUUAAUGUAUGUAUCUUAUAUUUGCAAAGAAAAAAUAGCCAACAUGUUUUUUUCAAAUACAACCGAAUGGCUUCCGACGCUUCAUCGGAACAUAAAAAUUCAACUAUAAAAUUACGCUCAUACAUGAGUAUGAACUCAAACUACUCAAGAGCAGUAAAUAGGCAUCAAAAUGUGAUUAGCACGUCGGGAAUAAAAAAUACUUAUUUAUGUUCUCGCUGGUAAAUUCAUUCUAGUUAAAGUGUUCACCCAGUAUUAUGUAACUAUAAAUUAGAUUAUUAAUCAAAAGGCAAACUGGACCCAUAAUAUUCCCUGUACUUACAAAGAAAAAGCAUUAAUUAUUUUUUCUACAGCGAUAAAUAUAAAGCUUAGAACUCUAAAUCGGUUGCAAUAGUUCAAUUUGGCACAAAUUAAUGGAAACGAACUUGUUUCUCUAUCUUAAGCAAAUGCGGCACAAAGUUUAAGUAUCGACUAUAUAGACACUGUUCGAAUGAAAGGAUUUUUCAACUUGUUGCCGCAAAUUCCAAUAGAAGCAAUCAAAAACCGAAAACAAUCCAAUCUAGUAAUAAGCCAUGUUCAAAAAGCAAACAUGCACCAAAAUUGUAAAAAGUAAAUUGCACGAUGCUAAAAAAACCUAUGAAAAAUGGCUCUUUGCUGAUUCAAUAAUUGCUUGAAUGAGUACCGAUUCAUUUUUCCGAGCCAAUGGGAGUUCAGAUUUCAAACAUCAAACUAUAUCGAAUAAAUGUAAAUUUGUAUUUUACAUCGGUAGAUAAAGAAGUUUUAUUAAAUAUAUAUUCAAUUUUAAAUUUUAUAUCUAGUAGAGCACUAUGCUGUAACGAGUGUAUUUAAGAUAUACUGUAGUGAGAAGAAAUAUUUUAAGGAAAAAUUAUUGGUUUCCUUUUUAAAAGAAAGUAUCGAACUCAGCUUUAAUUCCUUACUUACCGAGUGAGUUUCAAGCCACCCCAUCUUACCUAAUCCAGAACAUUAUGUAAAAAAAGCUUACAGCAGUUAACACCGAGAUGAUAGUACUUAAUUAUAGGACUUUUGACUAAUGUAGAUUUCGGGUGCUGGUUGGUUUCCAAUGCACAACAAUCUCGGUCAAUUAUUGAAUAUAAAUGUUGUGCCAACAAACCAAGUCAGACGAUUACAAGAAAAAACUUAAGCUUUCAGCGGGUACUUGAUGCACUUGAAAUAACUUUUCACAAUAAUGAAUUAAGGAAAUUGGUAAGGAAAUCCAACCAAUCAGUACCCAAAUUAGGUUGUAGUUGCACAGUACCUAUUUAUAUCUAUUCUAUUUACCUGUUUAUUGACUAGGCGUUAAAACUUGUUAUAUAUACACACACUUUGAAAAAUUACCUGUACAUGUUAACUAUACAAAAAUCACAAAAGUAGUAUAUUUCAAUAGUUAGUAUACUUGCACUCUGGUGUUAAAUUGAGAAGAUUUUUUUAAGACCAAUUAGACUUUAGCUUUUUUUUAGAAAUUUCGAUUCCUUAGACAAAUCCUGAAGUUUCAUCAUUCCAUACUAAAUGAAAUUACAUGAGAAUAAUGCAUAUUUAAUUUAAUAGGAAUUGCAUUUAGUAUUAGUUCUCUGUUUCUGUGUAUUGUGUUUAUUAGAGUGCAAAUGUUAACUAUUGGCCCAUAUAAUAUUGUGACUAAUAAACACUUCUGAAUUA